UGGUUACGGUCAAAAAUUGCGGGGUGAGGCCUGUCGCGGCUGUUUUCUCGUAUGUGGUUUUUCUUAGGGAGAGUUUGAAGUAACGAGCCCGCUAGAGGGCACCCGGCACUGAGAGAAACUCAGAUAAUUAGCACUCAUUUUCUACCCAAGAAAAUUAGACGUGUGGAUGUUGAAUCUCUCACUUUUACAGAAGCUCUUAAUGAAGUCUCUGGAAAUACCUACUCCACUUUACCUCCCAUGUUUCAGUGAUGCUGUGAGCACAUGAGUGGUGGGAGAGCACUCUUGGCUGCCUCUGUAAUUUCCAUCCAGAACUCCUGCUUCAUCUAUCCUGCUUGUCAAAGCUGCUUUUCUAGGCUGAUACUGGAUUCUAGGAGGUUUAACUGUCUAAAAUGUGGCUGCACAGGUGAAGCUAAAGAUGCAAGCUACAGAUAUAGAUUGUCCCUAAAGGUUGCUGACACUAAUGAUUUGUUUGACAUUACUGUCUUUGGAAGCUGCUUAGAUCCAUUCUUUGGAGUCGCUGCAGGAAAUUUGCAGAGGUAUAUUCAAGACUUUAAUCAGCUGUCAGGAGAAACAAACAAAGAUGCAUCUCCAGGAGUGUUAGUUCAAGCAGUUGAAACCUGUUUCAUUGGAAAAAGAUUUAUAUUUGGAGUGAAGGGUUGUGUGAGUCAAGAUGGAGGGCAUUCUGUUGCCAGCAGCAUCUUGCAAAACUGUUCUAGAAUUAAUAGAAGUACAAAAAACCUUACAGCAUGCCAGAUCUUCCUGCCAAACACUGCUGUUACUGGCUUUACUGUUAUCAGCUACUUCCAUCGGCUCCUGCAGUCUGCAAAAAUCAGGAGCUGCAAUAGCAGCUCAUGCUUACCUAAUGCAUCUUCAGCUGCAACAGAUGAGCCUGUCAGUGAGCUCAGCAGCCUGUCUGGUCUGAGCAGAAGCUCCUGUUUUGUUGAAUCUAGUGGCAGAGAAAGUUUUUUAGGGUCCUGGCAGCAGUCCUUCAGCCUGACUUCAUCUGUUGCUUGGGUAACAGCAGACUUUUCAUCUCUGGAAAUGGAAAAGCUGAUGAGUAGACAGAAUGAAGAAGAGGAGAGGCCUGUGUCUGCAGAAUCAUGCACUGUAAGCCUCAACAAUCAGACUCUUUGGGAUUCACAGUUUUGCAGCUCCUCUUUGAGGAAGGGGAAUAAAAAGGAGGAGGAUGAACUGAGUUCACAGUCUAAUCAGACUAACAGUAUCUCUGCACCUGACAAAUUAGAGCCGAUUUCCUCUUCAAAGGCAGAGUGUUUAUUUGAUAAUAGUUCCAGGUUAUUACAAAAUCUCUUGGAACUUGGGGUAAAAAACACUUACCCAGAGAAUAGUAGUGGAAAUGACUCCUGUCCAGAAAAAUCCCACAACUCCCUGUUUUACAAGAGACACACUUCACCUUCUAAUCAUGUAAAUGUAGCUGGAGUGUCUCCAACAGAUUCCAUCCUUUGGGAUGAGCUCCCAUUCUCAGAAAGUCUAAAUGAAUUUUUAGCCAGAAUAGAGGACUGCAAGAGUGUUGCAGCAUCACCCAAUCUUGAUACAGGCAAACAUGCCCUUGUUGAAAGUAGCAAGUUGGAUAGAAAUAUUAUCGAAUCAUCUCCUAGGCAAGCCCUGGUACCUGGUAAUUUGCAUGAAGUAAGCAUAUUAGGGAAGUUCUUGUCACCAGUGGAAAAGGAUAGUUGGGAGAGCAUACCCCUUACUUGCUUUCAGUCAAAUCUAAGUCCUCCAAGUGAUGAGGUGUUGCAAUGUGAGUCUUUCUGUAGUGCUUUGUCUUUAACUACCAAAGAAUGUGGAGCGUCUUUCUUUAUACCUAGCCCACAUCAACUGAUUCCAUCACAGUCCUUGCCACCUACAUCAGAGCCUUCUCCAUCCAAGAGUAGAGUUGUGCAGUCUAAAGAAGCAAAUAUUGGCAUUUCAAAGUCAGCUUGUUCUUUCAUCGGCCUACAGUGUACUGCUGAACACAGAAAAACCUUGUGUUUACAAAGGAGCAAGACAGCUGCCUGUGUACAGUCUGCACACGAUAGCUCUUCAGUUGACUGGGAGAAUAAAGAAAAUUAUUAUAACACACCAAGCCAAAAAACAGAUCUUACGUGCUUGGGGGCAUGGGACUCUGAUUCAGCAACUCCCAACAAGACAAGGACAUACAAAAGAGAACUAAAGCCACUGACAGAACUGCAAGAAAAUACCUUUAGAAGUAUAAAUAAGAGAGAGAUGCUGUGGAACAGUGGUUGCCCUGAAGGCAGCUACAAUGCCUCUGCUGAUCUCUUUGAUGCAAGUGCAAGAGAGCUAGCAAAGACAGUAGAAUUCUUAAAUAAAACACGCAACUCUUCCUUACAGGAAGAUGCUUUGACAGAAAAGGGCACAGCUGAAUUGGUGCUUAACCCUGUAGAUGUUCCCUGUAACAAUUCAAAACAUAGAUCAUUCCUACAUAGGUCCCCUCCUGCUUAUAGUACACCGGUAAAUUACUCCUUUUGUGAUGCAGAAUGCAACUCAGUUAGUGCUCAAGACUUUGUUCCUUAUUCACAGUCAACUCCUGUGGCAAAACCUCUUCAAAAAAUACGUCCUGUUGGGGAAAGAAGCUCUUUUGUCACUAUAUUCACACCUAAAAAUCUUCCUAAAAUCCAUUCCAAGUGUAAGCAAUCAAGGCCUUCCUUUCAAAACACUUUGCUGCAGCAACUUACUGGCAGAUCAGUGAAACGUGAAAGGCCAAGUAACUGGGAGGACAAAGAAAGUAAUAGCUCUGUUUCACAGCAGUCCCUUAUCAAGAGCCAACUGCCUGAGGAUGACUUUGAGGAGUGGAUCCCACCAUCUACAAACAAAAGAUUGAAACCAGCUGCAUCUUUAAACUUUCAAACAGUUAGCUCGGCUGCUGACUUGCAAUCUACCUGCAAGUACACUGACAGGAACCCUACUUCUGAAAGGAAAUUCAACAGUGGAAAUACAUGCUUCAGAAGUGAGAAAUUAAGCCCUGGGAAUACAGCCAGGAUUCUAACAACUCCUGUAUCUGCAGGUAUUGCCAAGGCCUUGUUUUUAAAUGAUACAGUCCUGGAAAGCUGUUCUGCUUCAGAAGGCAAGAAUCAUCUCUCAUGUGCAAGUUAUUCAGGGGGUAUAUUGCAAGGGACAGCUGACUGGUCUCCUGAGUUGUUCUUCCAAGCCCAGAGCCCUUUUUUCCAUAAGUGAAAAUAAUAAAAAAUGAUGCUUCUAUACUGUGUUCUUUGUAAUUAUUUUUAAGACUUUGGAAAGGAGCCAGAUGAAGAGAAGAGCUGUUUAAAAAUGAAUAAAUUAUUUAUACACCCAUUAAUGUAUGUGUUCCUAAGAUGAGUUAUGUUUAUUUGCAGAGUUUUGCACUGCAGAGAAGUUGGAUAAAAUGGAAUUUUGCUGUUGCUUUGUUUUGCUGUAGAUUAACUCUAAAACAUGGAAUAAAUGGUUAUGUAAAUGUG